AUGUCUGAUCUCGACUCUAUAGACACACCAGGACAAGCUCGGCCGUUCCGAUGGAGUAUCCCUGAAGAACUAUGCUUUGAGCAGGUCAUCAAGAACCGGACGGCACCUCCAUGUUCGUUGAGCGACUUCAUGGACUAUCUCCUCUACGUUGAGCACAAUGCCGAGCCUCUCCAGUUCUUCCUUUGGUAUUGCGACUACGUCCAGCGCUGGAGUAGCCUUCUGCCGCGACAGAAAGCACUGUCUCCAGCAUGGGAUCCGGAAUCGGCCGCCGAGCCGCCGUCUCGCUUCAUUACUUACAGCCAUAGGCGAGCGAGGAGCCUCAAGAUGAGCAAGAUCAUCACCAUCAUGGAGAUGGGAUCCGAGCAAGAGACAGCCGACCCCAACACCCCAGAGAGCAGGCGGAGCACAUCUUCGUCUUCCUCCUCAACCAACAACUUUUCCCGUCCCCGAACGUCCUCGUCGUCCUCCGUGCUCAGCCCAACCGAGUCAUCAAAAGGAGACUGGAAACCAUUCACCAUCCAACCCUUCCGCGACGAACUCACCCGCAUAAUCCGGCAUUACAUCGCCCUAAACUCCCCACGCCAACUCUCCCCAGCAAUCCUCACCCCCGCAGACAGAGCCACAUGCGUGCGGGCCGCGGCACGGACGACACACCCGUCGGCGCUGCUCCCGGCCUUUCUGGCGGCCGAGGCGUCGCUGCGCGGGUCGCACGGGCGCUUCGUGCGGUGGUUAGUAUGGACCAGCAGCAACGCCAGCCCCGCGAGGGUUUGCUUCCUGCGUUGUCUGUCUGCGGCGCUCAUCCUCGCCGGUUUGGCGCUCGAUGUUCUCUUGAUUCUUUCCCGCCUGCCCCCGCACUGGCGUGUUGUGUGUCUUGCUCUGUGGUGGCCUGCGUGGACUGUGUUGUUUGCGGCUUUGGCAGGGGUCAGGCCGAGACCAUCGCCGUGGGCGGAGGAUGAUGGGAUGAUGGCGAGAAAGGGUUGUUGUUUAAGUUGGGGCGGCGGCGGCGGCGGUGGUGGUGGUGGGAUGUGUGUGGUGCUGCAUCUUAGGGGGCUCAGGCAGCUGCGCCCUUGGGAGCAGCACCAGCACCAGAAUCAGAACCAGCACCAGCAGGGGGUUGGUGAUUGCCGCGGUACAUCGGCGGUGACAAAGGAUGGACUGGAGGAGGGGUCGAGAUUCGCGGAACUCAAGAGGAUAGACACCGACAGCAGUAUCAGUUCUUCCAGUUCUGGGAGAGUCGAUCCCCUCUGCAAACCGAGCCUGCAGGUGUUUGGGCCCAGGAACGACUUCUCCGGUGAGCCAUGGGUGGAAGCGUACAGCCGGAAGAGCUGGUGGCGAAAAGUAUUUGACGACACGGUCCCGGUGCAGAAUAAGGGGUUGGUGUUGAUGCAGGACCGGACCUUGCUCUUGUCCGUGCUUUGGGCUGGUGUUGUUUCCUCCGUGUUGACGGUUGGAUCGCUUUUUGUGCCAAAGGCGGGCUUGUUCUGA